CUCACUGCAGACUUUACAUCAUGCUGUUGAGGUUGCAUCAGCGUCUGGAACAUCAGCCGCUCCGUCUGUAAUCACAUGAUAGAAAAAAUUCAGAUCUACAUGAUGUCUACAGUCACACUGCCUGAGGAAAAGUGUAGACACCAGAACACACACACACACACACACACACACACACACACACACACACACACACACACACACACACACAUUCUUUAGAAUGAUCUUUUUUUAAGGCCUUAGUUGCUUUCUUAAAUAGACUUAAUUCUUUUAGGAUCCAGGAACGUUUUAUUGUUUAAGCUUAGGCAGAUAUUUGCUUUCUUCAACAAGCCAUCCAGGUCUAUCACAAUUAGAAGCUCCUGCAGAAGUUUUUCUCCUGUAGAAGCUCCUGUAGAUGCAAUUGGGUACAAUUUCUACCAGAGGCUCAGAAUUCUGAAACAUCCAGUAGGUGCUUUCUAAAGCAUUAUAAACACCAGUAGUAAAUUGUUCUCUCCAUUUUCCAGUAGGAACUUCAGAAGUGAGUUGCACUCUCCAGCAGGAGCUCCAUUAGUGAGUUGUUCUUUCUAGUAGUGAACUGCACACUGAAGCAGGAGUUCUAGUAGCAAGUUGUUUUCUCCAGAAGUGAGUUGCACUCUCCAGCAGGAGCUUCAGCAGUGAGUUGCACUCUCCAGUAGGAGCUUCAGCAGUGAGUUGCUCUCUCCAGCAGGAGCUUCAGCAGUGAGUUGCUUUCUCCAGCAGGAGCUUCAGCAGUGAGUUGCUCUCUCCAGUAGGAGCUUCAGCAGUGAGUUGCUUUUUCCAGCAGGAGCUUCAGCAGUGAGUUGCUUUCUCCAGCAGGAGCUUCAGCAGUGAGUUGCUCUCUCCAGAAGGAGCUUCAGAAGGGAGUUGCUCUCACCAGCAGGAGCUUCACCAGUGAGUUGCUCUCUCCAGCAGGAGCUUCAGCAGUGAGUUGCUCUCUCCAGCAGGAGCUCCACUCGGCGCUUUUCUCUGUAUCAGAGUCUCCUCCAGCUUUUCCUGCUCAUUUCGAGCUCGAGCUCCGUCAUGGCGACAGUAGUGCAGCCUCUCAGCCUGGAACGCGACGUGGCGAGGGCGAUCGAGCUGUUGGAGAAGCUGCAGGAAUCAGGUGAUGUUCCUGGUCACAAGUUACAGUCACUGAAGAAGGUUCUGCAGAGUGAGUUCUGUACGGCCAUCAGGGAGGUCUAUCAGUACAUGCACGAGACAAUAACAGUAAAUGGCUGUCCAGAGUAUCAGGCUCGAGCCACAGCAAAGGCAACAGUGGCAGCUUUUGCCGCGAGCGAAGGCCACUCCCACCCGCGAGUGGUGGAAUUACCAAAAACCGAUGAGGGGCUGGGCUUCAACGUGAUGGGCGGGAAAGAGCAAAACUCCCCGAUCUACAUCUCCCGCAUCAUCCCGGGGGGCGUGGCCGAGAGACACGGGGGCUUAAAAAGGGGCGAUCAGCUGCUGUCUGUUAACGGAGUGAGUGUGGAAGGCGAGCACCAUGAGAAGGCAGUGGAGCUGCUGAAGGCGGCUGAGGGAAGCGUGAAGCUGGUGGUGCGCUACACACCCAAAGUCCUGGAGGAGAUGGAGGCUCGCUUUGAAAAGCUCCGCUCGGCUCGACGCCGCCAGCAGCAGCAGCUCCUUAUUCAACAACAGCAACAACAACAACACAACCUCAACCCUCAGCAGAACCACACAGCGUUUCUCCAGAAGAAGAAAAAAUUAAUGUGAGCUUUAAUCGAACUCCAGAAUCGACAGACAAGGUCACUCCCCUUUUCCAGCAUAAAGACCACGCCCCCGGUUUCAGUGUACUACCUACGGCGCUACGACCUCCUGAACCCCACAUCCACGCUGGCGCUCGCUGCGGUACGAUCACAUGGCCGAGCCUGAGCCCGAGCCACGCCUUCCCUCCUCUCCUCUUUUUUAAAAGUCGUGACCCGUUCCAGAGAAAUCUGUCUCGCUUGUAGUCGCAUUAGAGCUUUUUCUAUGUGUUAUCAAACACAUGAACGUUUCCUGUUUAGCCGCCGCUCGCUACGCUACCAUAUGAUCGGAUUCUUCUGGUGCUCGUGUCUGUGAGAAAGAACGUUGUGUCGGAUUUCGUCGUCUUUUACCCAAUAGAAGUGAGAUAUUUUAUACCGUAUUGUAGCAAGAAAUAUUUUAUAUGAAAAAGUCGCGAAUUAGCAAUAAAACGCUUUCAAACA